AUUGUCCCCGGCCGUCGCUGCCGCCUACGUUGUCCUUGUUGGUGCAUCAUAGCCUUUGAUAGACUCACCUCCCACCACCACUCUUCGCCAGCUUCUACCACUUCCACCACUUCCCAUCCCUUCGACUUGGCCACACUCUGGCCGCCAUCAUGCCGGUCCCGAGCCUCUUCGAGUUGGCCAGGCAGCGCCUUAUCAAGAACAUCGACCUCCUCAACGACAUAGGCGACAUCCCCUUCAGCUUCCUCGAGCCCGUCCUCCGCAACAUCCAGAACCCCGACCAACUACAAGAGCUGGAAGAGAACUGUCCACAGAUACAGGGCGAGACCGGAGAAAUAUGGAAGAAGUUCAUCAGGCGGGAUAUACCGGACUGGGAGAAGAAGCCUCACCAGCCUCGGGAUCCUCGGAACUGGCACAAAGUGUACCGCAAGCUCAAGAAAGAUGCCGAGAGGGAGAAGCAGGAACAGGAAUAUGCCUUGAAGGAACAGAUGCGCGCGCUGCAAAAGGAUCGGGCGCAGAACAAGACGCUGAUCGUGGAUAGCAAGGUCGGGUACGGCGCCCGUAGCAACAGGGUAUUCGGCCUUGGCGCUGGUGGUAGUAGUUGGGGCACUUCAGGUGCGCCUGCAAAGACGGGCAAGGUCAACUUGGACGCGUUGAAGAGAGGCAUGUUCGACUACAAAAAAGAGCGCCCGAGAGGCGCAAACAUGCCUACACACUUGCUGGCGCAGAGAAAGUCACAAAUCAGGAGCGCGCCGGCGAGCAUGGUGCGCGUGGCCGAGAACAACGCCGUGGCCCCGCGCAGCAUGGUCAUCUCAAGGCAAGCUGCCGCAUCAGUUGCCAGCAGAAAGGAUGCGCUCCCGGAGACAAAACGGCCGCACAUCACACACCGCCCCGUGCCACAGCACAGCGGAGCACCACCACGAACAUCAUUACCGGCAGGCCAGCAAUUUUCCGCACCGAAGCUCAAGCCGACGACCCAGGAACCGUCAAUCGCACAGGUGCCAAAGAAACGCAAGGAAGCGCCUAGCAUGUUUCACAAGCCGAAGCGGAAGAAGAUGUGA